UGCAAUAUUAAACCGUUGUCAGGAAGUGACGUUGCUUAGCUACCAGACACCGUCACGUUGACCGACAUCUAGCCUUUCCUGUAUCGUGGAAGAAUGUGUUUUUUCAGUGAACCUUUUCUUUACAUUUGCCCUGUUUCUUGACGUAAAUGCAACUGUAACGUGCCUGUUGACCCUUUGCAAGGUUUAGUGUUGAGGAAGUCUGCCAUGUUCCACCCCGGUGAACUAGAUGGUGAAGUGGACCAUUCCUUUUUUGACAGUGACUGUGAUGACGGCAGUAGAGACGGAGGAGAAAACACUGAGAGAGGCUGGAAGGCUGAAAAGGAGAGCCUAUCAGCACUUGAGAGGCUACGUGCAAAACAGGCGGAAAAAAACAAAGAUGGCUCUCCAAGGACUGAUGGGACAAAACUACCUCUAAAGCUAGUCAUCAACAACAGUAGCAGCAGAGCAGAAAAUAAAGAGAACCGCUCUCAAUUAAUAGAAGAAGGUGUAUCAUCAUCAUCAUCGGUUGCCUGUAGAACUGAUAAAGCCGAACAUAUUGGCAGUGAUGGUGACGCAGACUCAAAUUUUCAGUCCAAAAGGCACAAUGGCAAACUUAUGGAGCCACUGGAUGAGGCCAGGGAGGCAGAUUGUAAGAUUGUGUACAGCCAGAGCUCGAGUGAGUAUGAAGAAGAUCCAUUGCCAGCCAAACACUUAAAUGAGAAAAAGAAACAAUCUCCUAAAAAGCAGAUAAGAAAUCGUCACACCCGCAGUCCAUCCCCCACUUCAACUGAGAGCAGCAGUGAUGCAGACUCAGAGAGCUCCUCUUUAAGCAGAAAUGGGAGAAGCCGUGUAGAUUCCCCCACCCUCCACAAACCCAGAAAGCCGCCCUUGUCCCCUGGAGGGAGAAGGACCUCAGCAGGAUCUCGGGACGGUCCUGUGAGCCGUACAGAGGAGUCAGAGGACACCGUGACAGAUGUGAGCCCCCUCUCUUCUCCUGACAUCAGCCCUCUCCAGUCAUUGGACUUGAACCACACGGAGGCUAAAGAGGUGCAGCGGUUGGAGAGUGUGCCCUCCAGUGGCCUCAGCAACAUGUGCCCAGAUGAGGAUUCAGAUCAGGAUGUGGAGUGCUCCCUCGGUUCAGAGAGUCAGCUUGGAGGUCAACUGGUUUUCUGCUUUCCUGGGGCAAGCAAUCGGAAGAACUACUCAUUCACCAAUGACGAGGUGCAGCGCAUAGAUCGGGAGAACCAGCGUCUUCUUCGUGAGCUUUCACGCCAGUCUCCGGGGCCCAGACCAGGAAGUAAAGCGAGGAAGCAAACCCCCACGGCCAGCAAGUUGCCCCCUAGUCGCCUCUCUCACAGCGCACUCAACAGGCAACGGGAACAGCAACGCAUCGAGAGGGAAAACUUGGCUUUCUUGAAGAGGCUGGAGUCCGUCAAGCCAACACCUGGCCUAAAGCGUGCAGAACAGCUGAUGGACUACCAGCAGCACAGCGGAAUCGUGGGAGCUCCUUCAUACCCCGUCUGUAUGUCCACCAUGAAGUCAGACAGGUCCACCAGCAAGACCCCCUCAGCAGGUUCCAGGCCAGCCAGUUCCACCCAACACAGCUCCAGAGCGGUUUCCACAAGUAACUUCAGAAGAAUUCCCUUACCCAAGUCAGGUGCAGCCUGGAGCUGAGAACUUUACCAUUUCCACAUCGCUAAUCAACAAAGCAACCUAUGGCUGGUGUAUAUUUAAUAGAAAAUGUGAUGUUGUCAUGGUACUUAGCUUAAAGCCUCUUUUUUGCACCGGUUCAACGCACUCUUUGUUGACUUAACAGACUAUUCAGUGAUUUCUUUUGUCAUGCUCAUCAAUCAUUAAGAUGGACUUUUUUCCCCAUUGCAAAUGAUGAAUGUUAGCUCAGAGAUAUUAAAGCAUUUGAAUUGUUUAACUGUGGCUUCAGACUAGUGCAGUCACUCAUCAGGCUAGCUUUAUUUUUGUUAAGAAUGUGCUAUACUUUUACAGCUGUGUUAAAAUAACAAUAAACAGUUCCAGAGGGAAACUUUCCAUUAAAUCAGCAUUUUCUGUGCUCCUUUUUGUCAUAUUUAUACUGUUGAUAAGUUAUGUUUUUAAAACAGAUAUUUUAACUAUGGUAUUAAGUUUAACAUGUUUUUGUAGAACUAAUUGCUCUUGUAAUGGGAGUGGUUGCUCAAUAUGUGUUUCUAAAUUAAAGAUAGCUGUAUUCCAUUUAGCUGCUUCAGUU